UAACUGCGUUGGGUAAACAAGGAGCCAGGCAAGUGCUAAAUCUGAAGCGCUGCCGCAUCCUUAAACUAAGACUGGGUGAGUGAGUUGUUAAAUAAUUGCAACAAUUCCAGUUCAUCAACACUCGUAAAAGGAGUUCACUCUAAAACUUUUUAGAUGUUGAGAUUGAAAUGGAAGACAGCAUUGUGCAGCCUGCGGUGGCACAGCAAUUCCAAGAAACAUCUGGACCAGACUCAUCCACAUCGCUUACUGAUCACAUUCCCGUUCAAGUACCAGCCACUUUAGAGUCUGCAUCAGCUGCAAUUGAAACUGUAGACUCUGAUAUCAUUGAUGCAUCUGAAACUCUAAGUGAGCCCAUAAUUACCUCAGAGACCACCACCAACAGACUACUAGCUAAUGGAGAAACAGCUUCUCUCUCAUUUUCUGAAAACGCCAUUCAAGGAAGUACCUGUCUUCCAGAAUCUACAGAGAAGAGUACUGAGUUCCAGCAGGAAACAUUACCCAGUGAAGUGAACAAGAAGCAGAUUGCAAAACCACAGGAAUUCCAGGAAACAUUUCCACCAAAUGCAGCUACAUCAGGCGAUCAGUGUUUCCCUCAUCGAGAUCCAGUCUCAUUGGAGCCUACAUCAGAAACAAUUGAAACUCUAGACUUGGGUGACACUGAUGUAUUUGACAAACCAAAUGGCCCAACAUCUAACUCGCUGAGAAUCAUUGGCGAUGCAUCAACUUCCAGAGAAACACUUUCCCCCUCACUUUCUCAGAAUGCAACAAAAGAAAGAACUGAUCUACAGGAACCUGCAGGAAACAGUACUGAGGAAAGCCAGAAGUGGAAUAGAAAGAAGAAUGGAAACGAUCAGCCUUCUGUUUUCCUGGAGAAAUCAGGAAAUUUGCCUUGUUUGCCUGAGAAAGAAUCAUCUGCAGAUUCCACACGAGCUGAGGUUGCAAAUCAGCAACAUAAACUCAAUGUUGCUGCAGCAGUUAAAGGAGGUGUGAUGAAUAUUCCAGGCCUACUGGUGGAAAAGGACUUACCUGACACCCACAAUGAAUGUAGCCCAUCAAGUGAUAAACAUACAAGCCAGAGUGUUCUAGGGGGAGUUGAUAGAUUGGGUGAUAAAACAAAAGCUGAACUUACUGAUGAUGAUUACUUCACUGUUAUGACAGAUGAUGAAAAAGACUCCCCUCUCCAAACGGAUGUCGUCAGCAACACUGAAUGCAUGGGAAGUAAACGAAAGAAGAGGAAAAAAUGCAGAAACCGAAAUAGAAAGAAGAGGAAAGACUCAACUCAUCAAACUACUGCAACAAACCAAAAGAAGGAGUCACCAGCUAAUGAUUCAGCCGAGACAACACUUGGAGAGCAGGCAGAUGGUGAGCGUGACCAUGAUACCAGUCAGCUGGGCCACUCUGGUGAAGAUACCAGUGAAACAGCACAAGUUCCUGCUGAACCCAAGCUGGCCACAGAGCAAAAACAGUCAGAACCUAUUAAGGACAUGAAACAAGUUGGUCCACAAGAUGCUGUCAAAGAACAAAUUCCCCCCUCGGAGAGCACUCCAGGGGAUGGUGAACAUGUUGAAAGUAAAUCAAAGAAAAAAAGAAAGAAGAGGCAGAAUGAAAAGAAGGACUCUCAACAGAAAAGUAAAAUGCUUCAGGUUGCUGAUGAGGCGGAGGGUGUGUCAACAUCUGCUGCAUCGGAUAAUGUGUUAGAGCUGGAGGCGCCAACCAUACCACAGACCAGUAAUGUGGAUUCCAAGAAAGCACGGGAAGGUGGAAAAGUCAAAACUCAGUCAGAAUUGGAAGCUAAAGAGAGAGCUGCUGGUGCUUCACAGAGUGGUCAGAGCAAGAGUGAAGACACAACCAAACAGAUAUCUACUAAAGAUCAGUCAGCCAGUUACAACGCAGACAGAUGUGAUUCCGUUCAAGAAAAUCGCAGAGCUAUGCAGAAAAAGGGCGGAAGUGAAACAAAUGAUGACAACAAGAACGUUCCAGAAGCAAAUCCAACAGACAAAAGCAAAAAACCAUCUAAUGAUCAGAACCAACCAGCAGCUUGCUUCAAUUUACCUGUAUCACACACGUUCACUAUUCAUAUCAAUGCUAUAAUUCCAAAUGAAGUUAAUUUUAAUCGAAGACAAGACAAAUUAUUUUUACUUUUUGAAAAUGCAGCCAUUUUACUUGAAGUCAUUAAUUUACGGAAGCUCAAUAAAAAUGGAUGUCUUAUACAAAGCAAUUUGAUUCAGCAUCCUGACAUUAAAGGAAAGACCUUUAGCUAUUGCUAUGCUGUAGAGAAAAAGAAUGAAUGGAUUGAAGAGGUUGUUGUGCGUUUUUUAACAAUACCUUAUACUCUAAUUGAAAAUGAAUGGCACCAAUAUGAUGGCAUCAUGAGUUUCCCACAAUCAUGGGAUAUUAUGCAUGCAGUGAAAAGCAUCACACAAUUUCGAAUGAGCUCUGAAGAAAAGAUUUUGCAGUCAAAGCAUUUAGGAGGGAGAUUUAUGCUGGAGACCAUCUUCAGCCUUCUUGGAUCCCUGAAUAUUGAAAGAUUUGAGCAAGUUAAGAAGCAACUGAAGCAUUUUCAGCUAUGCAGCAAGAUGACUUUUAAUUAUGAACGAUAUUCAGGUGCACAGCAAGUCCGUUUAGGUGAAGAACAGGUCAAAGAAUUGAUAACUGAGCAGUUGAAGACAUUUCUACAGCCUUACACUCAGUCAGAAUCUCAAAAAGCAAAAAAGUCCGAAAAAACUGUGAAAAAUCGAUUUGUAGCUGGAAUGGUGGCUUUUGCUAUCCAGAACCAUUGCUCUUUGAAGUUAGAUACAAGUAACUUGGUAACUAUCUGCCAAAUGUUACAACUGCCUCAGGAACGUACAGAAGAGGUUCUCCAAGACCUGGAAGAAUUUGCAACCUUUUUCCAAUCACCUCAAUACACAUGUAAAGGACUGAUUAAUUGCUGCAUUCAACAUGGAGUCUUGGAGUUGGUGCUCGUUGUACCACUUCUUCACUGGUGUAUGGAACAGCAUCAACCAGAACGUUCAGUGAGCAGUGAAGCCAGUUCCACUAGAUCAGAACCACUCAACGGGGUUUCCUAUGGAAUGUUUUGCUACAGAAUAAGAAAUCACCCUGAAAAAAGAAGAAAAUUAUUGGAACUGAUGUUUCAAAUGAAACCUCUGGUUAAGAUGGACCCUACACUGGUCUUUACCUGGUUUUCACUGGUUCCGUCCGAGGAUAUUCCCGAAUACGCAAAGGAAAUGGGAGUGAGCCUGAAUCAUGUUGUACAAGAGCUAAUGUGCAGAUUAAAAGGGUUGAAAGAGAAAAUGGAAAAUGCUAAUUUUAAACUGUUGGACAAGGAUAUUCAGGUAUUUGCGAAAAGCAUCUGUUAUAUCAAAGAUACGGUAGCCCAACAAUCAGAAAGAGUGAAUAUCUCUGAGUUGCUGGAAAAUGAUGUGAAGUGGAGCACUAAGAUGCUGACAAUAAUCUGUGAACUGACUAACCGCACAGGAUUGUAUGAAGUUCCCGCUCUUUCAUUUCAGCUUGUUAUGAAAGUUGCUGAGAAAGUAAAAAUGCUGCUAACAGAGCAGUCUCAGGAUGAGCCAUCUCCAGAAGAAAAUCAAGACCAUGUCAAUGUAAAAUUAGUAAUUGAUGGAGCACAGGAUUGCCUCCGUUCCUGGCGAACAAGAACCUUGCUGAAAGACUUACUUUCCAAAGCAGAGAUCACUGACAAGAAAGAACUGGAGAUGUGGAAUUGCCACUUUACCAUGGAAUGUGGAGUUACUGACUGGGCUACUGAGUGGAGUGAGGCAACAAGGAUUGACCUUAUAAAAAGAAUACAGAAGGAGAACCCCUCUGACCAGAUAGUAAUCUAUUGGAAUGAGAAGGAAACUUUAACCACAUUAAACCCCAUUCUUUUGGAUUGUUUUGAGCACUGUGCACUCAAUGCUGUGGAGGAAGUUUGCCAGAGCAAAAAGGAAGCUAAACUGCUUGAAAAGUUAAACCCGUGGAAACACCAAAAAUGUGCAAAAGUUUUAUCAGAACUAAUUGAAGAAUCUGGGAAAAGAAUGGGAAGUAGCAAUUUUGGCAGUGUGCUGAGUUCGGAUUGUGCUGUGCACUAUUGUCUUCUACAAGGUGACUGCAGUAAACUUGAUGUCUCGGAGAAAGCAAGAGGUUUACUAAAGGAUGCUGAGAACAGUUUUCACAUGGUGGUUGAAUGUCUUUACCAAGGCUCUGUGAAGGUUGCUGAUCUGCAGUUACUCCUAGAUAAGAGAAACGAGUACUCCAAUUUAUUUCAAGCACAACAGAAACUCCCAGAACAUCAGAAGAAGAGGUUCUUUCAAGUUGAUGCUGGAAAACUGGUGUCAAAGAGAGGAGAAGAACUUGAGGCCUUUCUGAGUGAGAAAAAAUCCAUUGGAACAUUAAUAAAUAUGAUUAAUAAAGCUCAUGAAACUAUUACAGUCACUGACAUAACUUACCUUGAAGAAAAGUACAAGACCAAUAUCCAAUCCAUGAGACUUGAAGAGCUCAUCAAAACAAAGCCCUGGAGAGAUGAAGAAUCUAAAAUUCAGCCUGCUUGCUGUGUUAAAUAUUUUAAUCUGGGCAGUGCUGUUACAAACAUGGCAUUGACAAUGCAUAAGCUCAGAGAUAGCAGCGUUCUUCUAAACUGUUGGCUGCAAGCCGCAAAAGAAUUCAGCUAUGAAGAUUAUACUUUGGACGACCUAUGCACUAGCAUCUGGCACUGUUGCUGGACUGACUACACAGAACUGUUCCACAAAACCGACCAGGGCACCAUAACAUUCCAGGAGGUUGACAGGAUGUUUUUUGAUCUCCGAGGGCAGCCUGGUGAAAUAAGGAAGGAGUUAUCCAACAUGUUUCAAGUGGUAAAAGGAAAAGAGUUGCCUCUGACAAGGCUUGAUCAGAUCAAACAGUAUUUUGAACUUCACUUAGCUGUUGAUUCUGCACGAGUAAUUCAAGACAUAGUGAAGGAGCUAAAACUGCAGGGUGACUUCAGAAGAAUUCAGAACUUGACAAAGAUAAAUGAACACUCUUUCAAAAAACAUUCUCUAGAUUACGUUGACAAAGGCUUAAUUCAGACCAAAACACUCUUAGCAAAAAUGACUCCAGAAUGCGUAAAGUGCUUAGAAGAAUUUGUUCAAAAGCAGCCAUUUGUGAACUGGGUGAAAGGAGCUUUGACAAACUUAAGGGAAGUAAAAGUAUUUGUGGACCUGGCGUCCAUAUCAGCUGGAGAAAAUGACAUGGAAAUUGAUCGUGUCGCCUGCUUCCACGACGCUGUGAUGGGUUAUUCUUCCUUCAUUUACGAACUGCCACAGAGCACAGAUUUUGAAGGGUUGAAGACUUCUGUAGAAAAAAUCCAGAAGGCACUGAACAGUGAUCCAAAACUUAUGGAAAAACUGAGAGAUUCAGCUCGUUAUUUGGAAUGGCUGAAGACCCUGAGGGAAAGUCAUGGAUCUGUGGAGACAUCCUCCCUGUCUCUAGCUGCAGCCAUCAAUCACAAAGGAGUUUAUAGGGUGGGCAACAUUGGACAACUACAUGAAGAAAAGUUGUCACUAGAAAAUGUCCUUCAGCUGAGUCUUUAUGAUGAGAGCACUAAAGAAAGGAAGAAAUACACACUGACGGAGCUGAGGGAAUUGCAGAACAAAUUAAUGCUGAUGUCGGGAAAAAGAGAAUGUGGAAAAGAGGAAGUUGCCAGAUUCAUGGAGGAUUUUAACAGUGUCCAAAGGCUCGGAAAGGCAUUUAUUGAAUUGUACUCAUCUGGAAACAUGCUUUACAGAAACUGGAAGGCACAUGUGUUCUGCAGUAAAGAGAGUGAUGUCUGCAUAAUAAUGGACUUUAAUGUGAGAGGCAUUGGAAGCCUGAAAGUUGGUGGCGAUCUCUCAGAGCAACUGCAAGUAUUGUGCAGAGCACUGGAGGAAUGCCUUCGGGGGUGGUGCGAGUUUAUUGAGAAGAGCCGGGAAAAGUUCUACUAUCUGAAUUACUAUACCGCAGAACAAAUAGUGUAUCUGUGUUCAGAACUGGGACGUUUUGCUGCCGGGAAGCCUUUGUGUAAGCAAGUGAUGACAAUGUUAUCAUUCAUUAAAACUGACUGCACUGUGAAGGACGUCAGAAGUGCGAUGCUUCAGUUAAUUACAUUGCCUGAGAUUUCGGUGAAUGAGGAGACAGAUGGCUUUGAGUUGAAACCUGGGGAGAGCGAAAGUGAGAGUGAAGAUGAGGAGACAGAUGUCUUUGAGUUGAAAGCUGGGGAGAGCGAAAGUGAGAGUGAAGAGAUUGAUGUAGAUUUGAUAGAAUUUGAUUUGCCAAAUACAAGUUCAUUUGAGAACAGUACAGAAAGAGUUUAUGCUCAGAAACCUACUCAGAGCCAUUACGAAGAGCAUGAUAAUGAAGUAACAAAGCGCAAGGCUGUUGAGCCUGCUGAACUUCAAUAUUCAGAAUUUGCCCCAUUCCAACAGAUUGAGCCUGCAGAAUCAGUAUGUGAGGAAAUGCAUGAUGCUGGUGUAUUAAAAAUAUCUCCCCAAAUGGAAAAUGCAAGUCUUUCUGAGGAGAUUGCACUACUUUGGAACAAAUUUAUGAAAAACAUGGCUGCUUUCUUAAUUGACCACUUAGAUAUAUUAGUUUUUGGUAUGCUACUUAGCCAUCUCUCGGGUAUGAAUGAGUCAAAAGUAAGAAGGCAGCUUCCUCCCUCUCUGUAUCAUGGAAGACCGAAUCUCAUAGUCUGUGCACAGCCCGAGAUCUUUAGGGCUGCUUUAUGUGUCUACAUGCAAAAUCAAAGGCAGCCUCUGCCAACCUACGAUGAAGUGCUUCUUUGCUCCGAGGAAACAACUUAUGAAGAAGUAGAAGUAUUCUUGCGAAGGGCCCUGAGCAGAGGAUCUCAUGAACAGAAAAUCUAUACGUUAAUUCAUGCUGACUGCCUAAGUUAUGAAACGAGUGUUAGAUUUGGAGAGUUAUUUGAGGAAUUGAUGCGUCAUUGCAAUCCAGUUUAUCAGUUUGUUGUAAUCUGCGAUGCUAAACGGCGGCACUGCUACAUCCCAUCCUAUCUUAGUCAUUACAAAAUACCUGCAGGGCUGAGUGUUAAAACAGAAGCCGUUCAGCAGUACCUGGUAUAUCAUUUCACUGUCCCUGCGAGCCAGUUGUCUGCAGCCCAGCUAUUCCAUGACCGACUUUCUGUCAGAAUCAUAUCGUCCAAAAGACCUGGAGUGGGAAAGUCCCUCUACAUUGACCGAUUGCAUGAAAAACUGUUACAGCACUAUCCUCGAAUUGACAAUGCUCUGAAGAGGAUCCGAUUAAUUGAGCCUGUGAUUGAUGAAAACCGGAUUGUUCAAAUGUUGCACGAUCUUUCAAGCACAUGUGAUUUUCGACGGCCAGUGAUAUUCCAUAUCGAUGCAGCACCUGUAAGGAAAAGAUUGGAAGAAUUCCUUUUCAAGAUCCUAAUAUUAGGAUUCCUGAAGAACAGCCAGGGAAGAAUCUGGAAACGCAGCACAGCUGAUCUGUACAUUGUGGAACAUCUGGAUGCCAAUGAAUUCCUUUAUAAACCACAUACUCAGCAGGUAAAUGUGGGACUUCUGGGUAUCCUACCAACAAUUUACUGCAGAACACCAAGAGAAGUUCGUCAGCUUGAAUUAAAAAAGCGUGAAGACACUGUCCUUAAUAUUUUAGACCCAUUAAUGGAUGAGGAGGAGUUCGUCAAUGAAGCCAUCCAGAGACCCUACCAAUAUCUCCGUCGGUUCAGUGUAAAGAUAAACAUUGAUCAAUUCAUGUAUAGAAAGCAUAGCGUUGAAGGAAAUCCUGCUGAAUGUCUAACUUUACUACUCCAAUACUGUGGACUAAGGGAUCCUUCCUGGGCAGAGUUGAGAAACUUUUCUUGGUUUCUGAACCUUCAGUUGAAAAACUGUGAGCAAUCCAUGUUUUGUAACCCUUCGUUUGUUGGAGAUACCCUGAUCGGCUUUAAAAACUUCAUUGUUGAGUUCAUGAUUCUCAUGGCUCAAGACUUUGCAACACCAUCCAUGAAUAUUUCAGAUGAAAGCCCUGCUUUCUCAACCCCCCAAGCAGAUGAAGAUCUACUUCCGUAUAUAAUACGGAAAAGAUGGGAAACUCACCCUCAUCCAUACAUAUUUUUCAAUGCAGACACAUUUUCCAUGACUUUUCUUGGUUUUCAUUUGAGAAGAAAUAAUAGAAGGGGAUUUGAUGCCGUGGAUCAACACACUGGUGAGGUACUGAGAGGAAACAUCAUGUCUUCACAACUUGAAAGUGGGCUCGGCUUGCAGCGAAUAAGAUUCAAUGAGAAUAUUGAUGCUCUUCCCAGAGAAGAGAAAAUCCAAAAGCUCAGCCGGGUACUUGGUGUGGAAAAAGCAACAGAUCCGGAUAAGACCUAUGAACUAACUGCAGACAACAUGAUGAAAAUGCUCGCCAUCCACAUGCGCUUUAGGUGUGAAAUUCCUGUCAUCAUCAUGGGGGAGACUGGCUGUGGAAAAACAAGACUGAUUAAGUUUCUUUGCGACCUACAGAAAGGAAAGCAUAAUACAGAAACUAUGAAACUAGUUAAGGUCCAUGGAGGCACAACAGCAGCGACAAUCUAUGCAAAAAUUAGAGAGGCAGAGAAGCUUGCCAUUGAGAACAAGCACAGGUAUGGCUUGGAGACAGUCCUCUUCUUUGAUGAAGCCAACACCACAGAAGCUAUCCAUGCCAUUAAAGAAGUUCUCUGUGACAAAACAGUUCAAGGUAAAGCAAUGAAAUGCGACACUGGUUUAAAAAUAAUUGCAGCCUGCAACCCUUACAGAAAGCAUUCUGAAGAUAUGAUCCAACGUCUGGAAAUGGCUGGGUUGGGAUACCGAGUUAAAGCAGAGGAGACUGAAGACAAACUGGGAAAAGUGCCUUUGAGGCAGCUGGUUUAUAGGGUGCAGCCAUUGCCAUCAAGCAUGAUUCCAUUGGUGUGGGACUUUGGACAGCUGAGUGACAAAGCUGAAUUGGCUUACACUAGCCAGAUUGUGCAAAGAUAUAUCCAUAGCCACAGUCUUCCAUUUCUGCAUACUGAAACCAUAAUUAUGGUCCUAGCAGCCUCACAGCAAUUUAUGAGGCAAAGGAAAAAUGAGUGCAGCUUUGUGAGCUUACGAGACGUAGAACGAAGCAUGAAGGUUUUGGUGUGGUUUUAUUGUCAUAGGUUUUUUCUAUUUGACUACCCAAACCCAAAUACAAAUAUCUUACAGGCUCUGAUAUCAGCAGUAGGGGUCUGUUACUAUCCCUCACUAUUGUGCAAGGAAGCAUAUUUAAAAAACAUAUGCAGAUUUUUCCCUGAACCUUAUGAUUCGCCCGAUGAAAUUCAGGCUCAAAUUGUCCACUGUCACGAUAUUUUCAUGAAAAAUAUAAAAACAAGAGAAACAAUAGCAAAAAAUGAGGCUUUAAAGGAGAACGUUUUCUUAAUGGUCAUUUGCAUUGAGCUGAGGAUCCCACUGUUCCUUGUUGGGAAGCCUGGCAGUUCAAAAUCCUUGGCAAAAACAGUUGUGCUGGACGCCAUGCAGGGACAAUCUUCUCACUGUGACCUAUUCAAAAAGCUGAAACAAGUCCACAUGGUGUCCUUUCAAUGCAGCCCCCAUUCAACACCAGAGGGGAUCAUCACCACCUUCAAACAAUGCGCACGUUUUCAGCAGGGCAGAAACCUGGAUGAAUAUGUUUCCGUGGUGGUCCUAGAUGAAAUUGGCUUGGCUGAAGACUCUCCACAGAUGCCACUGAAAACUCUUCACCCGUUGCUGGAAGAUGGUUGUGUUGACGAUGACAAUCCACUCCCACACAAGAAAGUAGGCUUCAUUGGAAUUUCCAACUGGGCCUUGGAUCCUGCCAAAAUGAACCGUGGGAUUUUUGUUUCCCGAUUGGAUCCAUGUGAGAAAGAGCUCAUUGACACGGCCGAAGGAAUAUGUUCAUCCGACCUUGUUCUGCUACAGAAGGUGCAGCAUCUCUUUCCCAUCUUUGCCCAGGCAUAUUUAGAAGUAUGUGGAAAUCAAAAUGGACAGUUUUUUGGACUUCGCGACUAUUACAGUCUUGUAAAGAUGGUCUUUAUUACGGCUAAGGAGACAAAGUGUGAACCAACAGAGGAACAAUUGGCUGACACCAUUUUACGGAACUUCAGUGGUAAAGAUGAGUUUAAUCCACUUGAAAUUUUCCUCCCUACUUUGAACUCUCUUCCUCAAACAAGCACACUGGAGAUGGUGAAGAAAAAUAUCAAAGCAGAUUCCAGUGAUGGAGAGUGUCGCUACCUGCUGCUCCUUACCAAGAACUUCGUUGCCCUUCAGAUUGUACUGCAGCAUGUUUUCCAAGAUCUGGAUGACAAGCCGGAGAUUAUAUUUGGGUCCAGUUUCCCAAAAGAUCAGGAAUACACGCAAAUUUGUAGAAAUGUAAAUCGAGUGAAGAUCUGCAUGGAGACUGGGAGAACAGUGAUACUUCUGAAUUUGAAGAACCUGUAUGAAAGCCUUUAUGAUGCUUUAAACCAGUACUAUGUGAACCUUGGAGAAUACCAAUAUGUGGAUCUGGGUUUAGGAACGCAUCGUGUCAAAUGCAGAGUGGACAGAAAGUUUCGGCUCAUUGUUGUUGAAGACAAGGAUGUUGUCUAUAAACAGUUUCCCAUUCCCUUGAUCAAUAGACUUGAAAAGCACAGCCUAGACAUGAGCACUGUGCUUAAUCUCCAGCAGCAAAGCAUCACCAAACAAUUGGAGCUAUGGGUCAAGGAGUUUGUGUCAGUGAAAAUGAGUCGUGAUGGAGCGCAAGGUGGAUUGAUGUUAAACCCUUCAGAGGUGAUCAUUGGAUUCCACGCUGAUGCAUGUGCAAGUGUAGUACUGCAAGUCUUGGACACUGCAAACCUGAAAAGUGAAGGUACCUUUGAAGACACUCGAACUAUACUAAAAUCAGCAAAACACCUACUUCUCAACUGUGUGACUCCAGAUGCUGUGGUCCGUUUAAAACACUCGAAACUCGGGGGUCAUGAAGUCAAGCAGCAGUGGGAAGAAUAUUUUGUUCAACAACGCCAUAGAUCACUGAGUGAUUAUAUUCACCAGCACCUUGGAAACGCAGAGACGCGACGGCACAAUUGUGUUGAGGUGACAACAUUUUCGAGGCUGCUUACCAAAUCAGAUAUCAAGGUAAUGGCUAAGGAGCUUGGUAACAAUGUGGGAGAAUUUCUGCUUCUGUUCCUGCACCAGUUCGAUACGGAACAUUCAUUCUGCAAAAAAAUCAGAGAAUCGUUUCAAAACUCAAACACUGAAGUUCGGGUGUUGCUGAUACAGAUGGAUACCGAGGAAUCCUCUCUGAGUUCAGAACUGAUUGCUUCUGCCAAAUACUGCACAAUGAACGAAAUGAAUCUGAUGAACUCCACAGCAAAGUCAAAUUGUUACGUGUAUUUUAUCACCAAGCUCUCUAGAAUUGCCGGCGGAUCGAAAUAUAUUGGAUUUCAAGGAGGCCAGUGGCUGUCUGUCCACAUUGAUGAUGUGACUGAAUCAGAGGAGAUGGCAUCGGAUAUAUCUGCAUUCUAUAACACGACUAUCAGUGAACUGUUUGCUAAGGCUAUGGGUGUACAAGGAGAAAUUAACGGUCCGAACACUGUUCCAGAAGAUGAUCAACAAGCCAAAAAGCUUAUGUCAAGGCCGAGCAUUCUCAACACAACAUUCCUGUUACAAAGCUGCAUACAAAGUGCCAUCAGUAUCAUAUGUGAUGGGAAAGAUGGAUCCAGUCGAAACACUGAACGUGUCCAGAUCCUUCUGAAUCUCCUGAGAGAAGAAGGGAAAUGUGAGGCACAGUUUUUGAGAACGGUGAAAGAGAGGCUGAUGCUGCAGCUGCAGGAACAGGAGGAGAUGUCACCAAAUCCAAAAGAGUGGAUGUGUAAUGAGGCCAAGAAAAUUGGUGCUCUCCAAGAGGGCGGCACAUUCAGACACACACUAUGGAAGUGCAUUCAGAAGACGGUUACUCCCAAACUGGCCCAGAUGAUUUCCAUCCUAGACAGAGACUAUAACCUGAAUCUUUUGGUGGAUCCUAAAGUGAACAUAGAGAUCAAAGCGCUCUGGCUUGACAUCUUCAGUGAUUUACAGAUAUUGAGAGUAUCUCACCAGGCAGGAAGCUCAGGGCCAAAGGCAGAAGAAAUAACAGUCGAUCACAAAGUGAGUAAAGGACAUGCAGAGUCUCCCUGUGCUACCCCUUUCAGCUGGCUGAUCAAGGAAUACAUUGACCAGUUGUGGCUUGAAUUCCAGUAUUUGGAAGGGUCAGCUGACAGAGGCAUGGCAAAAAUGCUGAAAUUUGUUGACAGUUUUAAUAAAAGUAAGCUCGGAGAGUAUUUGGGACGUCAAAGCAAAGAAUCAAAGUGUGACCUUGGUCAGCGGUACCUAACUGAUUUUAUUUUGAUGACCAUAAAUGGCUCGUCGUUUACUGAAGUUCAGGUUUUCAGGGCAGCAUUCAUUUCCUGCAUGAAUGAGCUUCAGAAUGAUUGUGGUCUGACCCUUCAAGAGCAGUCACCUCCCUGGAUACACAUUGCCUAUAACAUUUUCAAAAGCCGUCUGCAUAAUUUGUCCAAGACAAUUGCUCUCUAUCCAACAGUCCAGGAACACAUUUAUAAUUAUCUACAGGGAACAAUGGAUUCUAACCCUCAAGAAAUGAUGCUUGACAUAUUUGCAGCUUAUGCCUGUGCUGAAAGGGUUCAAGCUUUAGAUAUUGUGACAAUCAAGGACUGUAAAGAAUUAAUAGAAAUAAUGGAAACCGUACAGCCAUCGGUUAAACUCAUUUAUGAUAAAAACUACAUCAAAGCCUGCAGACCAAUAUGCCAGCAAACUAUUGCUGAAAUCAGAUCAAACUGGGAACGUGCACUUGUGUUGGGCGUGUUUAUCGAACAUGUCGUUUUCAGUGUAGCUGACACCGAUGCCAAGUUAAGGGACAUUGCUGUAAAACAUUGUGCACAGCUUCAGAAGAUCCUCAGAACAUCCGCUGAUUUGAAAAAGAACAGAACAGUUGAAGCAGUUAUUGAAGUUCUGCAGAUGUGCAAUGAGGAAGCUAGUCACUUGGACUACAGAUAUGGUAUCAAGGAAUGUCCAAUCUGCCUUGGGGAGCUGAAGGAUCCAGCUUGCCUUCCCUGUAAACAUGUCUUUUGCAUCAACUGUCUGGAAAGUUCAUUUGAAGUUCAGUCUUUAUGUCCAAAGUGUAAGGCAACUGUGCCAGGUUCGUUUAAAAUUGAAGUCUCCAUCCAGUUAAAAAAGGCUUUGGAAAAACAUAAUAACUUCCGUCAGAAGUGCAAUAUGUUUUUCAUGGAGGUUGUUUCCAGGUUUUGCUUCAGUGAAGAUUCUCCGCCCAGUGAUGGAGUGAUUAUAUUGCUGCUGUCAUUACUAAUCGCAGUCAGGGAAUCACCUAAAGGUAACCUCUACCAGACUCGGACCUUAACCCCAUUCUCUGAAUGCGUGGACAUCAAUCCUGUGAUACGAUCUGUUUUACUGAAACUUAUGCUGCAUUAUAGUUUUGACAAAGUAAAAGUCUUUAUGCAGAAGUACCUCUCAAGCCUGGAAGAAAAGAUAUUCUUCAAAGAGGAUCUGAAGGAACUCCAUCUUCUGUUCAUCAACUGUUUUGAGGAUUCGAUAUGUGGUCACUUUGAACAAAGUGGAGGAUUUGGCAGUUUAGAACUGUUGAAACAGAACUGCAGCUUUGCUAGCAGGUUUGCGAGACACCAGGUAGCUACCUGUGAAGAAAAUGCCACAGAAUACUUGCAGAACAUUGCCAGGCUGCGUUUCUGCUUCACUCUUACAGCUAAACUGAUGUAUGAAUCACAUAACAGUACAGAUGUGAAACACAAAGCCAUAAAGGCAAAUUUCAUUGAACAUAUAAAAAUGAUUUGUUUGAAUUCUGACAAUGACUGGUAUCGAGUUUAUUUGAUGAGGACAGUCUAUGACCAGUACGGGAUGGAUUUUGUUCAGAAUUUACAACAGCUCAAAGACAACCACUGGAUGUUUCCAGAUAAAAUAAUUGAAAAACAGUGUUGUUGGGCAGGUGGUCAGAUGGAUCGCUUUAUUUUCUACGGGCUGCAAUAUAAAACCAUUCGUGAUGCAGUUGCUGAGGCAGCCUUGACUUGCCAAGUGAGCAUCAUGACAAACAAGUUAAAGGCUUUGAAGUGUCCUUUAAGUAAUCAGCAGGUUUACAUGGCCUUGGCAUUCUUCCAUGAGGUAACAUGUUCGUUUGCAGCGGAGGAUGACAGUUUGCAUGCUACUUCAAAGUCAAUCGACACUUUGCAGAGAUUUAUUAAGGGUAAUAGACUCUUUGAGGCUCCAGCACUGAAGGAUUUCUGCACUACUUUGGUAAAAAAUGAAUUAGGAAGCCUGGAAUUCUCCCUGCGGAUCACACCAACACAGUCAAACCAACGGCGCAUCUUGAUUGAAAUAAUUGUUCACGCAGCUUUGGUGUUCAUCUGUGGAAAAAAUGUUUUGUCAUCCCCUCUCCGCAAUAUUGCUUUCGACUCUGCAAAAAUGAGGCAUGCUUACUUACCAACCAUGCCAGAAGACCUUCGGAGUGAAGCCAAGGGCUGGAUUUCAGAGAAGGUGACGUGGUAUGAAUGCCAAUGUGGUGAAGUUAUUCCAGUUGGUCAGUGUGGAAGACCGGUGCAGGUUGCUCGUUGCCCUACUUGUUUUGGGCCAAUUGGUGGACAGAAUCACACACCUGUUCCUGGAUUUACUCUUUCAGCAAGUUCCGGUGAUCAAACCCAGAGUGGUCACAUCUUGGGACCUGCCUCAAGGAGAAAUAAAGUUGUUGCCCCCGAUCGACAGAUGACUCCUGUUGCUUUCUUGUUACUGCGAGCACUGACGCAUGUGUCAAUGAUGCUCGGGGCAGUUCAUCAUCAUCAGAUCAUUGGAGAAAUGAUUAAAUCACGGGUACCAAAUGUGUCGGAGUUCCUGUGGCAGCAUCUUGAAGCAGAUCUGAAUCAGCUUGGAAAGUCACUGGGGAAGAACAUUGACGAUACAGCCACCUGCAUCCAUCUGGUUAUUGAUGGCCUUCUGAAUAAGCCUCAGGGCAAUGAACACCGAGAAGUGUGGGAUGAAGGCCUGUCAUCAAAGAAAUCUAGAAAUGCAUGGGAGAGCCAUUUCAUCAAAGCUCUUAUUUCUCCAUUGUUAAAGGUUCUUGAUGAGAGAUUGUCGGAGGUAGGUGAGCAGAUGAGUUCUGAUGACAGAAUUGGUGGGAGUCCUGUUGUUAAAAUGCUGUAUGGUGAUCCAUCAGAUUUGCUGAGCUUUCCUCGUGAUGUUUUGGACUGUACCUCUGCCUGGAAAUGUCAACCUCGAAUAUGUGUAGAGAACUUCACGCACAUUGUAGAGCAAAAGGGUGGAAAGAAACUAACACCUAUCCUGUGGAAAUUUCUUCAAAAGGCAUGUUAUAUAACGCUGCUUAAGGAUCUACCCAACCUUCUUGAACUUCAAUAUGAAUUAAUCAGGACAUUCCAAAGUGCCUCAGAUGUGAAAUCAAAAACCAUUUCCCAGUUCCUGCAGCAAAUGGCUUCAGAUCAACAGGGCCAAAGGCAUAGCUUUGAGAAAAGGAUCAAGAUUUUCUUACAGCUCUGGAAUCAGCUGCGUUUGAACCUGGCAGAAAACGAUCUGAAAAUUCCAAAAGAGCUGUGUCAGAAGGACUUAACGCUUGAAAGUCCCAUUGAAAUUUUGUUACCUCAACCACAGGGUCCAGGCCUUUGUGCAACUGCACUCAGCAAGUUUCUCAUUGAGAUUCAAAAUAAUCUCAUUGGGGCCAUUAACGAUCACAAAAAAUCUUCCAUUAGCCCAGAAGAGAUAUCAGAUGUACAUGUAAUUAUUUGCGACCCUGAUAAAGAUUUCAUUCCACUCAUUCUGUCAAAUUGCCAGUACUCCCUGGAAAAAGGGCAAGAAACGAUACGUGAAUACGAUAUUAAAAACAUUGAGCGGCAGCUGAUACGACUGUUCCUGAAAGAAAAACCAUUCAUAGUUGACUAUAAAAUUCCCAAAUUUGUAGGAAGGCACGAAAGAGAUUAUUCAAGCAUCUUCAUGAAGCUGAAAGCAAAGAUAACUCAAGAAAUAUUAUCACAUUCUGUCUGCACCGCAGUUACAACAGUGCUGAAAUCCUACAGUGACAUUUGUGAUGCCCUGGACAUCAUUGAGAUUGUGGUCGGAUUCCUCGCUACGGCAGGAGGAGCCCCAGACCACCAGCUUCUCUGCUAUCUCAAGGAUACUUUAUUGAUGGGUCGGCAAGCAUUAGCCUGUGUCAGCAAGGCAUUUGAAGGAUGCAAACUGAAGCACACACUGUCCCUCUGGCAACUGCUGUCUUCUUGGAAAUCUGAGGUCAUGCUGGGCACAGAUAAGGACCCAUUUGAGAGGAUCCCUGACGCAUACAAAGAAAAAUUACAUCCCCAGGAAGAAAGAGAGCUGAAGAGCUUUUUCGCAUCCACUGACAUCAACACAUUUCUCUGGGAGCUUCAUGAGAUAUUGGUCCUGAAGACUGCUCAAAGCAAUGUAGAUAACUACUUCCCAUCCACUUGGAGCCUUAAAGACACUCUUUCAAUUUACCUGGAGUCCAAGGGUUCUGACAUUCUGCCAGGACUGGAAGACAGUCUUUCUGAUGAAAUCGCUCUGGCUAAAAGCAUCCAGACGUGGAAACUUGCAGUAAACUUUAAGAAAGGAAUUCGCUAACGUCACUCUAUUUGGGCCUAGGACCUUUUCUGCACUGAAGUAUAAAUGAUGAUGAAAAUGAGUGAAUACCUGUUAUCAGUAAAGGCUGACCUGAUUUAAUGGUGGCCUAUUUCAGUUUUGCACUAUUUCAGAUAAGUCCAUUAUAUGUGAAUUAUUAUGUGGCUAUAAACAAUCAGCAGGUUUUUUUGUUGUAAUAACGCAGUGCUGUACGAAACGUGCACAAAGAAAUUAGCACUGUGCAACAUCCUGCACAAUCACUUGAAAAUGACAUACAGUGGAAAGAAUAAUUAAAGUCGAAUGUUGUUCCCUGUGAAUAAUGUUCCACCCUGUAUGAUUUAAAAUCUACCAUUUUGUAAAUAAAUAGGUACAAGCUGUUUGGCAGGGAACAUCCUCCCACGACAAAACCAAUGAGUUAUUGCAUUAAUGUUUGGCACCAUUUGCUAGUCAAAUACCACAAUUUUGUAUUGAGGUUCCAGAGACAGUGGCUAAUGGUUUCUGAGUGGAUGCAAGAAGAAAUUACUUGCCUUCAUUAUAAAGUCAUCUCCCUGUAUAGUUUGUUAUCUGAAAAGCACAAUGCGUAAUGUAUAGGAAUGGGGGGGAGGCCAUUCAGCCCCUCAAGCCUGUACCAUCAUUCAAUUGGCUCAUAGUUACCUGUACCUUAGCUCCGUGACCCUGAAUAUCCUUCCAUAACACAAAUAAGCUCCCGUUUUUAAAUUUUCAAUUGACUUAACCUCAACAGCUUUUUGGUGAGAAUGUUCCAGGUUUCCACCGCCAUUUAUGUGAAGAAGGGCUUUCUGACAUCACCCCAAAUGGUGUAGCUCUAAUUUUAAGGUUGUACCACCAUGUUCUGUACUCCCCCACUUUCCAACCCUAUGAACUCCUUUAAUUCUCUUAAACACCUCCAUUAAAUUACCCCUUAAUUUCCUAAUAUUCAAGGAAACACAAGCCACAUCGAUGCAACCUUACAACUUUAACCCCUUUGGUCCAGGGAUCAUUCUGUUGAAGCUGCUCAACUAUUUUUCAGUAUAAGCAUUUAAUACAUAAUCUAGCCAAAAAUGGAAACAGUAGCAGUGUGGCACACCUGCUUCCUGCUGGUUUUACACAUCUUUGCUUUGAAAAUUUCAUUUGAAAUUAAAAACAAUUUCAUCUUCUAUUUCUUUUACUUCUACAGCUGUUUUAAUAAUUAUUUGUCUGCUUGGUAAAUCAACUUAUUGUGUAUUGAUCUUAAAUGCUGUAAUUUGUUGUCCAUUUUAGUUUAUGUACAAAGAAUAAUUUUAGGAAGUUUUCAAACAGAUAAAAAUAUACGAAUGAUUAGAAUUGAUUCCAUUGUUAAUAGGAUGUGAGGCAAUGAAUGGUGAUCCACUGAAUAAUUAUAGAGGUUAAUUACACCCUGUCAUAGAGAGUUUACUGCUAUUGUGUUACAAAUAGUUUUUGUGAAAUACUGUUUAGCGAAUCUAAAUAAAGCGGAAACUUCAAA